AUGGAUUGCCCCGCGCCUUUUCUCUCCGAUGAAUAUUUCACCAAUGAAGGCUUCGUGGACGGGAGGAUAUGCUCGCCCCUGGGCAACCUCACUUGCUGCCUACCAUGCCCCAUUACACAAUGGGCCUAUCCUGAUUCAUUCACCGCCAUGAGCACGGCGGCCAACUGGGUCGCUGUUGCGGGCAGCGUCUGCUGCAUUUUCCUCCUACUCUCAUGGGCCGUGCUGCCGGUAGACAAGACCUUCCGGCACUACCUGAGUAUCUGCCUUACUACAGCAGUCUUGCUGAUGAACCUGGGCUUCGUCAUCCCCUUGGCCUCGAAGCCCGAAGAAUGCUACGACGCUAUCACGCCACACUCGAUGAGCACAAGCUCGAUCUGUGCCGUCUCAGGCUUCUUCCUCAUCGUUGGCGGCUGGGCCGGCGUGAUGUGGGUGUUCUUGCGGUCUUUGUCGCUGCACCUGCAGAUCUGCUGGCAGCUCGUCGUCGGGCGCAAUUUCAUGUGGUUCUCGCAGGCCCUCGGCUGGGGCAUCCCCGCAGUCGGCGUUGUGUGCGCCCUGUUCUUGAGCGGCGUGUCGUUCCGCUACGGCGCCACGUGCCACAUCAACCACAAGAACAGUCUGGCCGACCUCUGGGUUCCCCUACUGGUCUUUGCCGGCUUGACCAUCAUAAUCCAGAUGACGACGUUCGGCUACUGCAUUAAGGUGUACCUCGCCUCGCUGGCUGACAACAGUGCUUCGACCGAAGGCUCCGGCAUGCCCUCCUAUACAAACAGCAUCCGGACCAUGACUCCGAAGCAGGCCUACCGUCGUGUUCGACGCGUUAUUGCUCUUCAGUGGCGUGGCAUUGCCAUUGUGCUCAUCAUCAUUGCCGACGUUAUCUUCUUUUCAAUCGUUUUCGUCUAUCAGGACACGACUGUAGAACGAGUUAAACAGAAUCCAGGAGUCGCGCUCCCCUGGGCGCUCUGCCUCAUCACCAACAAAGGCGAUAAGAACGCGUGCCUUAACGAAGCCAGUGCACUUGCGGUCAGCAUGCCGACGGUUGGCGCUGUUUUGUUCCUGCUAGGGAUGAACGGCAUCUGGCUUCUCUUCUUCCUCGGCCGCUGGUCGAUGUUUACGGGAUGGCGUGAUCUCAUCAUUUCUGUUCCCAACCGGAACAAAAGGGAAUUCGUCUCAGUCGAUGCUCGGCUGGAUGAUGUUAAGAAAGAUACACGUUCGUACGAGAUGCUGUCCCGGGAUUCCGGGAAGACCAUGGACAGUUCAGUAACACCAUCCGCAGUGACUCCUCUGUCCCCGACCUACGCUAGGUCGUCGCCGGUGGGGGGCCCAGCGCGUCAGAACGAUUAUGUGUGGAACAAUAUCCUCGACAACAACAACAACGGCAACAGCGGGCGUCGUACCCCCGACUUCUUCGGCCAGACCGCGCGGUACAACGCCCCCGUGAGGUCAUUCUCGAGCCCGCGUCCGCCACAGUCGGUCAGAUGGGAUCCCUCCGAAACGUUCGCGAGACCCUAUUCCCCACCGAACGCCGGACCCGGCGGUUAUGUGAAUCCACUGGGCAUGCACAAGGUCUGA